UGGUCAUUCAAUGGAUAAGAAUGAGAGAAACAAACACCAGAUAUGAUUCAAUAGUUGGAUUCCUUUCUUUAUGGUUCCUGCACAAGGAAAUUGAAAAGUCACAACGCGUCACCAAUGCAGAAUGGAGGAGAAUAUGCAGCUCAGCAGCUGAUGUCACUUUUGACCCUGAGACUGCAAAUCCAUAUCUCAUUGUGUCUGAAGACGGGAAAGAAGUGAGACACACAGACACACGACAGAGAGUGACGGACAAUCCAAAGAGGUUUGACGAUUGUGCUGGUGUCCUGGCCAGAGAAGGAUUCACGUCAGGGAGACACUACUGGGAGGUGGAGGUCAGGGGAAGACUGCGUGGGAUUUAGGAGUCGCCAGAGAGUCGGCCAACAGGAAGGAAGAUGAUUAAACUGAGCCCAUAUGAUGGAUACUGGACUGUGUGGCUGAUGAAUGAAAAUGAGUACGUGGCUUUCACUGACCGUCCUCUCCCCCUCCCCUGAGAGUGAAGCCCCAGACUGUGGGGGUCUUUCUGGACUAUGAUGAAGGUCAGGUCUCCUUUACAAUGCCCAGUCCCACUCUCACCUCUACACCUUCACAGACUCCUUCACUGAGCCCCUCUAUCCGCUCUUCAGUCCUUGUCUUAAUGAAGGUGGUAAAAACGCAGCCCCUCUGGUCAUCUGCCCCCUCGCACACACUGACCCCUCUGUAUUUCUGUCCAUCUCUGAGCAGCACAAAGCCAAUGGAGACUUUCUUUAACAUCAGACCACCGAACUCAAAGCCCCCCUGAGGUGUCCUGCUGUUUGCUGCUCGUCUGAUUUUCAUUUUCAGGAUUUCUGUGUUUAAUGAGACAUCAGGACUGAACACUUGGGAUUUUUAAAUGGCGUCGGAUCAAAGCGUCGGCUCCAUCAUCAAAUGUGAAUCUGAGGGUCUGAGAAUGAACAGAAAUCCU